GUGGUCGCCGCGACAGUGAAUAUUCUUCACCCCUAGAUCUGUGUCAUUUGUUGAUUCCCUGGUAGCUGGUAGUGGAAUUGAAAGCAUUGCAUAGGGAAGUGAAGUAAAGUUAAUUUUAUUUGUCGUGACUACAAAAUUACGUAACAAAUUGUACCUUUGCCAUGUCAAUACAUAAUUCUGUUACGAUUUCUUUGGUAUUUUCCGAUUUCGAGCUGAGUUUCGCCCUCGGAAGACACCGGUAUAUCAGAGUUUGUUUUGUGCUAUACAUUUUGCGUCACUUGUUGGAUAAUGUUAUGAUAGGUAGUUGGUUAUAGGCUGAAAACUUGUAAUGCCCACAAUAACAAAAACAUACUUUUUGUGGUGAUAAACAUUGUAGGUAACAUAUUUGAAUUUAUGAUCGGUCAGUGAUAUGAAAAUGAAUGCUGGAUGAAUUAUAGUGAGUUUCAGCUGUGUAUGAAAGUGACUAGAAUGACUGAGUACAAGCUGGUGGUGGUGGGUGCCGGCGGCGUGGGCAAGAGCGCUCUUACUAUCCAACUGAUCCAGAACCACUUCGUGGACGAGUAUGACCCUACCAUCGAGGACUCUUACCGCAAGCAGGUGGUGAUCGAUGGUGAGACAUGUCUGCUGGACAUCCUAGACACAGCAGGGCAGGAGGAGUACAGCGCUAUGCGCGACCAGUACAUGCGGACUGGGGAGGGCUUCUUGCUGGUGUUUGCGGUGAACAGCGCCAAGUCGUUGGAGGACAUCGGCACAUAUCGCGAGCAGAUCAAGCGUGUGAAGGACGCAGAGGAGGUGCCCAUGGUUCUGGUGGGCAACAAGUGCGACCUGGCGGCGUGGCCGGUGGACAUGAACCAGGCUCGCGAGGUGGCGCGUCAGUACGGCAUCCCCUUCGUCGAGACAUCGGCCAAGACACGCAUGGGCGUGGAUGACGCUUUCUACACGUUGGUGCGUGAGAUCCGCAAGGACAAGGAGCAGCGCAGCAAGGAGAAACGCAGGAAGCUACGGCGCGGCGGCAGACGGCGCUGCUGUCUGCUGUAGUUUGUCCGCUCCGUUCUGCAUGGAGCGUCGUGCAUCGUGGCUGGCUGUGGCGAGUUUCAUUUGUAACUUGAGGCAGGUUAACAGCUUUGCAAGGUUUGUGAGUAAUUUUCUUACGUCACGGCUUGUCCGUAAUUAAAACAUAACUUAAUUUCGAAAAAUAAUUCUAACACUACAGAAGUUUCUCUAAUUACCCUGAAAAUGGUAUUUCUAUAUUCUUAUUGGUUGCUGAGAAAUUGCUGUUAUAGGGUACAUUAGGUAGCUGUGCAGUGAUGCAGCUACUGCAAUUGUGCUUUAGCAUAGCAACUUUAUUGUGUGGCUCUUUAUUUAUAAGUAUGUGUAUAUAUUUUGUAUUUGAAUUUUGCAGUGAAAGUUAAAUAAAAAUUGAAAAGAAAAA